AUGGGAAACUGUUGCAGAUCCCCGGCCGCUGUUGCCAGAGAAGACGUAAAGUCAUCAAACUUUUCCGGCCACGGAGACGGACGGAAAGACAAGUCCUCCGCUGCUGGCGCUGGGAAAAAGACGAUCACUGUACUAACUGACGUGUCGAAGGAAAAUAUCGAGGAGAAGUAUUUAGUUGAUAGAGAGCUCGGUCGUGGUGAGUUUGGAGUGACUUAUUUGUGUAUCGAACGCGAUUCGAGGGAGUUACUGGCUUGUAAGUCGAUUUCGAAGCGGAAGCUUCGGACGGCGGUGGAUGUGGAGGAUGUGAGACGAGAGGUAGCGAUAAUGAAGCAUUUGCCGAAGAAUUCCAGUAUAGUGAGCUUGAAGGAGGCUUGUGAGGAUGAUAAUGCGGUGCAUUUGGUGAUGGAGUUAUGCGAGGGCGGCGAAUUGUUUGAUCGGAUUGUAGCCCGUGGGCAUUACACGGAGAGGGCAGCGGCAGCGGUAACAAGAACGAUUGUGGAGGUCGUGCAGCUAUGUCACAAGCACGGAGUGAUCCACAGGGACUUGAAGCCAGAGAACUUUCUGUUUGCGAAUAAGAAGGAGAAUUCACCUUUGAAAGCCAUUGAUUUUGGGUUGUCAAUCUUCUUCAAGCCUGGUGAGAGGUUUUCUGAAAUUGUUGGAAGCCCAUACUACAUGGCUCCAGAGGUACUCAAGCGGAACUAUGGACCAGAGAUAGACAUUUGGAGUGCAGGAGUAAUCCUCUAUAUUUUAUUGUGCGGGGUUCCUCCAUUUUGGGCUGAGUCUGAACAAGGGGUUGCACAGGCCAUUUUACGAGGGACAAUAGAUUUUAAGCGAGAGCCAUGGCCAAGUAUUUCGGAAAGUGCUAAGAGUCUUGUCCGCCAUAUGGUGGAGCCAGAUCCAAAGCUGCGACUAACAGCGAAACAAGUGCUUGAGCAUCCUUGGCUCCAAAAUGCUAAAAGGGCUUCAAAUGUUCCACUUGGAGAUAUUGUAAAGUCAAGACUUAAGCAGUUCUCGUUGAUGAAUAGGUUCAAGAGAAAGGCCCUGAGGGUUAUUGCUGAUUUCUUGUCCACUGAAGAAAUUGAAGGCAUCAAGGAAAUGUUCAGAAAGAUGGACACUGACAAUGACGGUAUUAUUUCAAUUGAAGAACUAAAAGCUGGACUUCAAACAUUUGGUUCACGGCUUGCAGAGUCUGAAGUGCAGAUGCUUAUUGAAGCUGUAGAUAUUAAUGGGAAAGGAACCUUGGACUACGGAGAAUUUAUGGCUGUUUCCCUCCAUCUACAGAGGAUGGCCAAUGACGAGCAUCUUCACAAAGCUUUCUCAUACUUCGAUAAGGAUGGUAAUGGUUACAUUGAGCCAGAGGAGCUGCAAGAUGCCUUGAUGGAAGAUGGAGCAGAGGAUUGUACAGAUGUAGCAAAUGACAUUUUUCAAGAGGUUGACACAGACAAGGAUGGUCGAAUCAGCUAUGAUGAGUUUGUGGCCAUGAUGAAAACUGGGACAGAUUGGAGAAAAGCAUCUCGACAUUACUCGAGAGGUAGAUUUAACAGUCUGAGCAUUAAGUUGAUGAAGGAUGGUUCACUUAACCUGGGCAGUGAGUGAGUUCUAUGCAUCACUGUCUCAUUCAUCCAUAGUAGUGCGGCAUUCAUUCAUCAAAUAUAUUGGACUUGUUUCUUUUGUGAUUAUUUGUGGGGUUCUCUUGGUUAGAUGGGUCCCCUUUUGAUUGGUGGCCUAUGAGGAUCGCAGAGAGAUAAGCAUUUGUGAUUUGCUGCUGCAAAAUGUUGAUUCUGUAGAAAACAUCGCCUUAUGGCUAUACAUGCAGCAUGUAUGAUUCUGUCUUGUUUGCCUCUUUCAACUUUCUUUAUUGUUUCUAGUUGACGCUGAGACACUCUGAACAUCGUAGUCCUGUCAAAAAAAUAUGAAUAUCUUGUAGAAAGGGGGUGGGGUUCCUUCUUGUGUGUGCGCACGUCUUUCUUUCUGUUUUGUAAAUACAAUGAUUCAGUCAACUACUGGCCACAGUUCUUUUUCCAUUGUAAUUGCCCACAUUAACACCUAUACGAGUCACUCGACAUAACAGCAAUGUGAGGGUAGUGUAUAUGAUGACAUCAGGGUUGGUCAUGUUAUUGUGCUUCAG